AUGGGUGCAGCAUCCUUUCCCACAGCCGCAAUGUUGCCAUCCAAGAAUUCUAGAACCCCUUCCAUGAGCCCGCUCGCCUGUGAGAAAAAGGCCCCUACACCUCAAACUGGAUUUUUCAACCUCAUCCUCAAUCACUCACAAGAUCAUGCUGCAGGGACCUCUGAUCCGCCUCGAGAGGAGUUACGCUCUGGAGGCAGGCAACUGAAACAAUGGAUCUCGCAGCCUCAGCCAGCAAUCUUUGGACCUACCUACCAGCCAGGCCCUCAAGGCGUGCUCGAGCAUACUUUUCCCAACAAUGAAGCGCGACAAUGGAUCUCGCAUCGCCAGCCAGCAGCCUUCGCACCUACCCACCAGUCGGGCCCCCAAGGCCUGCCCGAGCAUAUCUUCCUCAAGAAUGAAGCCGCAACUACGCAACCUGUGGAUCGAAGGGCCCUGCAAAGAAUGUCCCAGCAUGUUCGAGAAGGACAGGCUACACCUGCAGCCAGCCCGAAGCGCCCGGCCUCACCACCCUCCGGAUGGGCAUGUGUCAGGAAACGAAGGCAAUUCGGUAGCGAAGACCGUAAGGACACGAUACCCGAAGCUGAAAUCUCUAUGAACCAGCGUGCCGAUGCCGUCUCUAUGAAUGCGGCUGAUGAACGUGGUGGAGAUGAUGGCGCCCCCGUAGUGUUCUGCGGCGCCCCGGCUGCUCGACGAGCCUUGGGGAUGUCAAAUCCUUCCUUCCAGCAUGCCAAUUGUCAAGGCUGGACUGUAAUGGAGGAUAUGGGCCGCGCACAGGCUUCUACUAUGAUAACGCCAGUGCCGAGACGCUUCUCAAAUUCUGUCAAAGAUCUUCUGAACACGACGGUGAUCACUACAACACCAAGAACAAUCGAGGUCCCGGCACCAACACUCGUCUCAGGCAACCUAAUCGCCAGUAAAGAUGAUUCUCUGGAUACGGGAGUGAUCUCAACAGCACCAAGAACAAAUGAGAAUGACCAAGCACCGAAACCCGUCCCAGGCAAACUCAUUGCCAAUAAGGAUGAUCUUUCGGACAUGACAGUGGUCGCCAGAGAACUAGGAAGAUGCGAGAGCUCUGCACCCGCCCAUUCCACAGCAAACCCAGACAAAAAUGAAACAGAGCCCCAGGCCCCCCAAAAUGCCGACACAGGCCCCGAAAGCGUCGACAUAAGCUCUGAAAAUGUUGACGUAGACUUUGAAAAUGUCGACACCAGCACUCAGUUACCGUCCUUGCAGCCGCCAUUUGGAGAGGUUUUUACAUCCAACCACUCACCACCUGCCCAAGAGCCGAAUGUAGAAGAGGAAGAUCUAUAUGCGGCACACACCCAACUCCCCUUAUCUCACGAGCUGAUUGUGGUUUCCGAUGGCCUCUCCGUUGCGAACUUAGAGGCACCAUCUCCACAACUCGCCCAAGAGGAGAACCUAGAAGAGCAAGAUCUCCAUGUGGUGAACUUUUCAGCCCCCCAGUCUCAAGAGUCGAGCGUGGUUUCCGAUCGCCCUCUUAUCACGAGCUUAGAGACGCCAUCUCCGCCACCCACCCAAGAGUUGAGUCUGGAAGAGCAAAAUCUACAAACGGUGAACAACCUAACUCCCCUGUCUCAGGAGCCGCCUGUGGUUUUCGACGUUCCUCUUCGUACGAAUGUAGAGGCACCAACUCCGCCAUCACAAGGAGUGACUGAACCAGAAGUAACCACUGGAGCCAUCGCCAUAGUCCCUGCGUCGGAAAGUCAAGCACAAGGGACGCCAGAAGUCCCAGCAAACACGGCCGGUGCAUUUCUAGGCUUGGGCGCAACGGAUCCGGCUGAUGGGUCCACUCGCAAUAAAACAAUCAAGGAUGUUUCGGUGGAAACGUCAAUCCCCAAGACCCCUGCUCCUCGGGCCCGUCCGCUCCCUCGAAAGUCUCUUCAUAAACAAGAUGUCUUGUCAAAACCGACGCCGACAUCGCUCCAACAAUACAGAACCCGACUUUUGAACCGGAAUCCCCGAACUGCGAAUUGGGGUGCGCCUGGGGCUCGGAAGAAAAAGUUCGUCGGAGUGUAA